AUGAUAGAAAGUAAAAAUGAGCUAAUAACAGAGUUUAAUAAACUUACACUUAAAAUAAAUGAUGAAAGUGUUAUUGUAAGAGGAUUUAUUGAUACUAUUAAAACUUUUAGUAAGAAUAUGAUAUUUGUUAUAUUACGUGAUAGACUUGAAAAAGUUCAAUGUGUUGUUCUUAGGAAGCAAGUUAACGACUUUGAUUCAAUCAACAAAAUUCCAUUAGAAUCGUUUGUAAAAGUUACAGGUAAAGCAGUGGAAGUUAAAACAGAAAUAAAGAGCUGUACAAUUAAGAACAGGGAAAUUAGAGUAGAAACUUUAGAGGUUGUUUCUAGCAUAUCUGCACAAUUACCUUUUUCAAUAAAAGAUGCUUCAUCGAAAGGCACAGACAGAGCUAAUGUAAGUUAUAACGUGAGACUUGACAAUAGAUUUUUAGAUUUUCGAGUUCCUACAACAUACGCAUUUGUUAAAUUAUUGGAUGGUGUAAUGAGUGGAUUUAGAACAUAUUUGAAAUCAGAAGAUUUUACAGAAAUUAGAACAACUAAGAUAAUUCAAAGUGGAUCAGAAGGAGGUGCUAAUCUGUUUUCAAUAGAUUAUUUUGGUAAAAAAGCUUUUCUUGCUCAGAGUUCACAGUUAUACAAACAGAGUUGUAUUGCUGGAGGAAUGAAGAGAGUAUUUGAGAUUGGAUAUGCAUAUAGAGCCGAAGUACAGAAUGUCAAUAGAUAUUUGAGUGAGUUUACACAGGUGGAUAUUGAGAUGGAAAUUGAGAAUGAUUAUAUGGAUGUUAUAAGAUUUGUUCACAAAGUAAUUUUACAUGUGAUAAAAUACUUAAAGGAACAUUAUUCAAGGGAACUUGAAAUAGUAAGAGAAUAUACAGAUUUUAAAGAUGUUGAACUUAGUACUGAACCUGUUAUUAUUGAUCAUUCAGAGGGAGUAGAUAUUUUAAAGGCACAAGGAUAUGAAAUUGAUUAUGAAGAUGAUUUUAAUAGAGAGCAAGAAAAAGCUUUAGGUGCUCACAUCAAAAAGUUACACAAUGUUGAUUUAUUUGUAAUUAAAGACUAUCCAAAGAGUCAGAGAGCUUUUUAUACUCAAGUUUGCAAAGGCACUAAUAAGACAAGAUCAUAUGACUUUUUGCUCCGAGGCGAAGAGAUCUUGUCGGGUGCACAGAGAGAAACUGAUUUUGAAUCUUUAAAAAAUGCUAUUGCUGAAAAGGGUGUUAAUGUUGAUGGAUUAGAUUUUUAUUUAAAAAUGUUUAAAUUUGCUGUUCCGCCACAUGGUGGUGUUGGGAUUGGUCUUGAAAGGUUCUGUAAAUGUUUAUUUGAAACAAAUGAUAUCAGGCCUUUUUCGUUAUUCCCAAGAGAUCCUAGUAGAUUGUAUCCUUAA